AAGCUGCCUUGAUGGCAGAUGAAAAAAAUACUAUUGUUUUUGCGGAGCAUUUAACAAAAUUUUGAUAUAAAAAGAAUACCACAAUAAAUAUUUAUAAAUUAUAAUAAGAAUUGAAAAGUAAACUCAAAUAACAAUACAAAUGUGUUUUAAAGAAGUGUAAAAAAGUAUUAAGUGUUCAAAACCACAUUCCCAAAAAGGAAAAAGAUUUUCGCAGUUUUAUAUUCUAUUUUUUUUUUUAAUAAAACAAAAGCAUUUGAAGCAGAAAAAAACAUAAAAAUGCGUAUACAGCAGCAGCUAAUGGGAACUUGGUUGAUUGUAUUGACGGUUUUUAUAAUUGAAUCAGCAACAGAUGAGAAACUCAGUUUACAACGUUAUUUUCCAUUGGUAACCGAAGAACAAAUGCUAAACAAUGAUAAACGUUUUCAGCAGAUUAUGCAGGGCAGUAGCAGUUCAUCGGAUGCAGUGUGGCCGGAUAAGCAUAAAUUUGAAAAGGUUGAUGUUAAAAAAGAAAUCAAUAAAUUGAAUAUCACAUAUGUUUAUCAAGCGGCAUGGCCUGAAAUGAAUAUUAAAUUGGGUUCAGUUACAGCUGUGAGUUUUGAUAAGGCUGGCAAUGUUGUUAUCUUUCAUCGUUGUGAUCGUGUUUGGGAACAAGAUACCUUUGCAAGAAAUAACGUUUUUACAAAACGCAGCAAAGGUGCUAUACGUGAUAGUACGGUUUUGGCGUUGGACAAAGAAACUGGAAAAUUAGUAUAUGAUUGGGGUAAAAAUUUGUUUUACAUGCCUCAUGGUUUAACGAUUGAUCACGAGGAUAAUGUUUGGAUAACAGAUGUUGCUCUACAUCAAGUCUUCAAAUUCGGACCACGAGGCUCAAACGAUAAGCCGCUAAUGACAUUAGGCAUCGCUUUUACGCCCGGUGCUGGAGAAACAAAAUUCUGUAAACCAACAUCUGUAGCCGUAUUGGAGAAUGGUGAUUUCUUUGUGGCGGAUGGUUAUUGCAAUGCGCGCAUUCUAAAAUACACAAAAGAGGGAGAGAAAAUUUUACACUGGGGACAAAAUACAUUUUCUGGAGUAUCAUUCGGGGUGGCACCACAAAAUUUCUUUGCUAUACCGCAUGCUUUAACGCUGGUACCCGAACAGGAAUUGAUUUGUGCAGCAGAUCGUGAAAAUGGACGGGUUCAGUGUUUCUAUUGGUCCAAUGGUACAUUCCACUCACAAUAUCAUUCACAGAUUAUAGGAGAUCGUUUGUUUAGUAUGGAUUAUACCCCAGCGCAGGGUGGCCAAUUUAUAAUAGUGAAUGGUCCCACAGCUGAAUUGGGUCUAAAAACAGAACAAUAUAAUGAAGUGCGUGGUUAUGUUAUGGAUUUCAAUACCAAAAAGGUAACAGGGAAAUUUGGACCAAAUGACAUGGAAUUUUCUAAUCCUCAUGAUGUGGCCGUCUCAAACGAUGGCAAUGAAGUUUAUGUGGCCGAACUAAAUCCUAUGCGAAUACAUAAAUUUCUGCACAAAUCUGUAGUUAAAUCUAUACCACUAUCGGCUGCCAAACCGACCGCCAAUGUUGAAAUUGAAGUCAGUAAGGAGAAAUCUGCCAGCCUAGAAGCAGCACAAAAAUCAGAUGUUUUAAGUUCGGACAGCCCUGCCGACCCCUCGGUUAUGUUGGAAAUUACUAGUGACACUCCACAUCAUAGACCUGGAGCUACUGCGAUUCUGGUGGCCUCUCUAAUGCUGCUGUUUGCAUUUCUAACAUUCGGUUUGGCUUUGCUAAUAGCCCGACGACGUAAACGAGGUUGCAUGCCAUUUGGUUCCAAUAAUCGACGACAUGCCUGGGAUUUUCCCUCAAAACCAGAUGGCUUUAAACUUGGCGGCCUACUUAUGGAGCGCAACAAACGCAGUGGUUUUGAGAAGCUUGAUCAGAAUGCCAGUGAUGAGGAAACGGAAACGGCCACAAACAAUACAUUAACAAGUGCACAAUUUGCUUAGUUUACAUUAGGAAUCUAAAAUGGAAAACCCACAUAUUUAUACAUAUAAAAACUAAUGAAAUGAACCUCUAACUCGCUCCAGUUGAAAAAAAAAUUGAAUUUAUUUUUUGAAGAGUUUUCUUUAUUCUUUUUCAAUGAAUCUUUUUAAUACGCUAAAAAUUUAUUAAGUUUUAUUUAUAAAUAUAUGUAUAUUUUAAUUGUUUUUUUUUUAUAUUUUUUGUAGGUGUAUGUAUUUAUAAUUUAUAAUUAACACAAUAAUCGAAAAUUCAAUUAAUCAUGUAGAAUUUAAGAUUUAGUAAACGAAUAAUUUGUAAGAGUUUUAUUAUAUAAAAUAAUCUGGAUAAGGACCAAAAAGGAAUGGAAGCAUGAAGAGAA